AUGAGAUUAGGAUCCACCCUCAAAGCCGCAGCGAUUACCAAAUACAUCAGUAAACUUAUUAUCAACUUCAACUCGAAAACCUUCACUAAUAGUAAGCGUGGAAGCAAAGCCAUGUGGGAACAAGUCAAAAAGAUUGUAGGCUCUGAGAAAUCACUCAACACAUCAACCGUGCAGCAUAUUGACGCCAACACACUCAACACCCACUUUGCUUCCAUGUCAACCGACCACUCCUACAAAAUCUCACCAACAAAAGCUACUACAAUCAAUAGUCAUCAACAUCAACAAUUUACACCAUACUCCGUCCUGCACAUUCUAACGAAGGCAUGCCCAUCCGGUAAAGGUCCAGACGGUCUACAAGCAUGCAAACUCAAGGAUGCGGUUACCAUCUUCAUUCCGUUUUCCAUAGCCAAAACCGCCAUUGACGUUAUCAAAACCAUCUGUUUUCUCUCCAACGUGGCCAUUGAGAUCGCCUCCAAUCAGGAUUGUUUCAGAUUUUGGUUGGAGUCAAACUUUUCAAAUAUCUUUUCAAGACUGUUGUUGGACAGAGUUAUGACUUUUUCAAGGUUUUCGUUAGAUUUCUUAAGCAGAAUGUCGAAACACUCCAUGUCGAUCCAACAAACAGUUGAAACAAACCCUCCCCACCUGGAUGUUUCCCCGGGGUUUUCAUCGACGGAGCGGGCCAUUCCGGCCGUCCUGCUCCGUUGCCUUCUCCUGAGAGCCGGAAUUGAAGCAAAUCCAGGUCCCCCAAAGAUUUGGAUCUGCCCUGGAUGCCAUCAAAGGAUAAACAAAACCCAAUAUUCAGCCCGUUGCAGAACCUGCUACAACUGGCAUCACCUCAACAAUUGCUUAACAAACAUCAACGGUCAUUACUAUUGUAAUAACUGUCCUCUGUCCUCACCCGUCCUCAAACUCAAGCGGCACGUCGGCGUCUGCUGGCGCCUCACGGCGGCCAACUUCAACAUCAUCAUUCAACAGCUCAGCCCGCAACAAACCAUCAACAUCACAUGCACCUUUCAGGAGUCCAAACUAACAAAAGGCUCCAAAAAUCCGGUCUUCAAAGAAUACGCUAUCUACCGCAAAAACCGAAGAAUAGGUCGAGGAGGUGGUCUCAUACUACUCAUCCACAACAGCAUUACCUACAGCAUCGAGUCGUUACCAGAUGUUCCAACAAUUGAGAGUCAGGCCAUCACAUUCAACGCAAGUGACACAGAUAUCAACAUUAUCAACAUUUACAUCCCCCCACAAUCCACCUGCCCAACAGGUUUCACAGCAUUGAAACCAUAUCCCAAUUUUUAUUAA